AGGGUUUAUAGUGACAGAGACGAGAGUGGUAAUCUAUCUUCUUUGGUGGAGUUUUUUAUUUCCCUAACGCAGGAAGAAGCCGCCACUCUACCCCUCUUACGAAAUUUCAAAAAAACAUCCUUACGAAAUACACCUAUCCAAACGCCCAGAUUACCACUUACUUUACAGGCAUUAAAAAGACCCCAUUUACUAGUAAAUCAUUUACUACUUGGCCCAUUUACCAGCAUCCAAACGGCCCCUCAGGAAAACCCUUAUAACUUGCUCUCUCUCUCUCUCUCUCUCUCUCUCUCUCUCUCUCUCUCUCUCUCCAUGGAUGCUGCUGCUGCAAUUUCAGCUUAUUCUCUCCCAAUCAAUACCAUGAAAUCGAUUUCUCAAGCACCCUCCGAACUGGGUUUCAGGCAAGGAUUUUUCACCACCUCAGUUUGGUCGAGGACGAGCUUCGGCUCGAGGACGAAAUCUGUGGUUUUUGAGCCGAAGAGAUUAGUGGUUUCUGCCCAGAGAACUGACACUGCGGUUUCUAUAAGCGAGGCUGCUUCCUCUAGAGCGAAAAAUCAGGCGAGACGCCAUACAAUUUCAGUUUUUGUCGGAGAUGAAAGUGGCAUGAUAAAUAGGAUUGCUGGUGUAUUUGCUAGAAGGGGUUAUAAUAUUGAAUCUCUUGCUGUCGGUUUGAACAAGGACAAAGCUCUCUUCACCAUAGUUGUCUCUGGGACUGAAAGGGUUCUGCAGCAAGUUGUGGAGCAGCUUCAUAAGCUUGUGAAUGUCUUGAAGGUGGAAGAUCUCUCAAAGGAACCACAGGUAGAACGUGAGCUGAUGCUUAUAAAACUCAAUGUGGAUCCAACCAACCGUGCAGAGGUUAAGGGACUGGUGGAUAUUUCCAGAGCUAAAAUUCUAGACAUUUCAGAGCAUUCACUAACUAAUGCUUGGUUUUGUCUUCAGGUUAAAGGACUGGUGGAUAUUUUCAGAGCUAAAAUUGUAGACAUUUCAGAACAUUCACUAACUAUUGAGGUAACUGGGGAUCCUGGGAAGAUAGUUGCAGUCCAGAGAAAUCUAACCAAAUUUGGAAUUAAGGAAAUAGCCAGAACUGGAAAGAUUGCUUUGAGACGUGAAAAGAUGGGUGCGACGGCACCUUUUUGGAGGUUUUCUGCGGCUUCUUAUCCUGAUCUUGAAGGCAUAACGCCUGUAGAACCUGCUUUAGGGGCAGCAGAUACAGCAUUAUCUGGUGACUCAGAUCUAUCUACAGGGGGCGGUGAUGUGUAUCCUGUGGAAUCUAAUGGGGCCUUUUGGGCAAAUCAAGUGCUUGAUGCUCACUGGGGUGUCCUUGACGAUGAAGAUUCAAGUGGUCUCCGAUCGCACACAUUAUCUAUGCUUGUAACUGACUGCCCAGGAGUUCUCAAUAUAGUUACAGGCGUUUUCUCUCGUAGAGGCUAUAACAUUCAGAGUCUAGCUGUUGGUCCGGCAGAAAAGGAGGGAAUCUCUCGAAUUACAACAGUUGUUCCAGGGACUGAUGAAUCCAUCGGCAAGUUGGUCCAGCAACUUUAUAAGCUCAUUGAUAUUCAUGAGGUUCAGGAUAUCACCCAUUUGCCAUUUGCAGAGCGUGAACUGAUGCUGAUAAAAAUUGCCGUAAAUACUACUGCUCGAAGGGAUGUGCUUGACAUUGCCCACAUUUUUCGGGCCAGAGCUGUUGAUGUGUCAGAUCAUACAAUCACACUUGAGCUCACGGGUGAUUUGGACAAGAUGGUUGCACUGCAGAGACUCUUGGAGCCCUAUGGCAUCUGUGAGGUGGCACGGACUGGUCGGGUUGCGCUUGUUCGCGAGUCUGGAGUGGAUUCAAAGUACCUUCGCGGGUUCGCUCUUCCAUCGUAAUAUCAGAGACACAGGGCUGUCUUCUUUUGAUCUGGAGCAUUGUGAGUUUGCUAGAGUUAUGUAGGUUUUUGUGGAGAUGCAUUCUGUUUUUUUUGUUUUGUCUUGUUUUGUUUUUGUUUUUUAAUAAAUAUUUUCCAGAGGGUGAUGAAAACAAUUGCAGAAGCAAUUGAGAAAUCUCACAGAAGUUACCCAAUAAGUAAUUUUUAAACUUUAAGUUAAUAAGUUACCUUUUCAA